AACAUAGCAACAACUGAGGAACAAAAAACCCUACAGCAGUGUUUGGUUUUUUCUCUCUCUUUUCUUCCCCACAUUCCUCACGUUAUUUCUACUUUUGAGACAGAUCAAUCAAUAAAUAUAUUUUUUAAAAAAUAUAUAAGGAAAUAAAAAACCAUCAUUUAUUGUCUCGAAAUAAUUAUAUAACGGAUCAAACAAAAACACACACACAAACCUUGUGCCAAUUUAUACGAACCAACUUCAAAUGUUUCUUCGUUAGUCUCUCUCUCUCUCUCUCUGUUCUGUUUCAAUCAUCAUCACCACCACCACCACCAACAACAACAACCCUUCUUUCUCUUUCUUGCAAACAUGAGCGGUGCUGGGUCAAGGGAUUCGAUUUCAACCGGUGUUAAAAAGACGAUCCAGAAUAUCAAGGAGAUCACAGGUAAUCAUAGUGAUGAUGAGAUUUAUGCAAUGCUUAAGGAGUGUUCUAUGGAUCCCAACGAAACUGCACAAAAGCUUCUCUUUCAGGACACAUUUCACGAGGUCAAAAGAAAAAAGGACAGAAGAAAAGAGAAUGUUAACAACAGAGAGACAUUGGAGUCGCGUUCGAGACCUGGCACUCAAGGGCGUGGGGUUAGGGGUGGUCAGGGAAAUUUUUCACCUCAUCGCAUAGUGCAUGAUGCUCGUAGUGGCAAGAAUUCUGGUACGGGCAAAGAUAACGUGACCAACCAAGGGACUGCGAAGGGUGUUCCUCCUUUGCCAGAUUCGCAAGAGACAAAGACCCGAGAAAAAAGUUCUGGAGCAAGUUCUGUUCCAGCUAUUGCCAAUGGGCCUACAACCGUAGCAUCUGGAACUACUAAUGUGAAUUCUUCUUCUUCAUCUACUGGAAAUCGGGACAGAAUUAGUCCAUCGGAUAAUGCUUUUCCUUCUGAUAGUUCAAACAAAGGUGCAAAAGUUGUUUUUGGAAGUGAGUCAGUGUCUUCCACCAGUGAUGGCUUAGGGUCCAGACCUGCGUCGUCAUCGGCUGUCUGUUUUUCUUCUUCUGACCCAGUACUGGUUCCCUCGAAUGAUUCACGGUUUGCUGGUGCUGUUGGUGCAAUUAAACGGGAAGUGGGAAGCCAACGUCCUCCCGGGGAAUUAAAUGCGGCCAACACUUCUGAGAACAAAUCUGCUGCUUUUGAGACUGGUAGCUCUUUUCAAGGAAAGAGUCAAGGAAAAUCCCCGGCAGUGGCAAAGAAUCAAGUUCCUGAGGUGUCUUCUUCAUCAACAGUAAUACAUGGGACCACCUCAGGUAGUCGGCCUUCCUCAAACUACAAUAAUCGAUCACAACAAAUAGGCGGCCUUCAGAAAGCAGCUGGUUCUAAUAAGGAGUGGAAACCAAAGCCAACAAAUACAAUUAACCAGAGCUCUGGACCAGCUAGCGUAUCCGAGUCUUCUGCUGUUUCAGCCGAAGUUACCAAGCAGUUACCAUCUGUGUCAAAGGUCCUUGAUUCUGAGGAAGCUACUUCUGAACUUCAGAAGAAGCUGGAGGACCUACGUUUGCCACAACGUCAACAUGUUAUACUUCCAAACCAUAUCUUAGUGCCUGAUUCUGAAAAGAACAAGUUUAGCUUUGGUAGUCUGGGAAUCAAUUUUGGGGUUACUACAAGUUAUGGUAGCAGCUCAGAGAGCGAAAAGAGUUCAACACCUCUUUCCAAAGCUUCUCAGGCUGUGGAAGAAACUGCAGGAGAGCAGGCCUCAAGCAAUCAAAAUGCUUCAGUUACAUCUGUGGUAGGAGAUUAUUCUGACAAUCCACAACCCCCCUCUACUACUGUGCCUGAAAAUUUUGCAUCAUCCGCAGAGGUGGAUGUUUCAACCAGUACUAUUCAAGAGGAUAAUGAGUCUAAACAUGGCUCUAUGCCAUCUGAAGGUAAUGAAUACUCAGUGGUGCAUACUUCUCCAAACUACAACUUAGGUUUCAUGUCGCCAAUGUUGGAAACACAGUCUGCACAAAUCGAUAAUUCUGAGUCUCAGGCACGGGAUAUGUCUCGUCUUCAAAACUUUGUCGUUCAUCAACCAUUUGAUCCAAAUAAUUACUAUGCCCAGUAUUACCGCCCUGGUGCUGACAGUGAUGGUCGUCUUUCUCCUUUAGCUUCUUCUGGGGUUACAACCAAGUACAAUGGCGGUGCUGCAGUGCUUCCUACACCAAGUUCUCAGUCUCUUCAACUUCAAGAGGGAGCCGGCUUGUCUUCAGCUGGUCAGACAUCGCAUGCGACUCAAGCUGCUGGGAUGAUGCAGAACUCAAUAGCUACUCAGCAGCCUCUCCCCGUCUUUCGUGCACCAAGUGGGGUUCAUAUACCCCAUUACCCUCCUAACUAUAUCCCAUACGGUCACUAUUUUUCACCAUUCUAUGUCCAACCUCAAGCAAUCCACCAAUAUUUGGGUAACGGUGCAUUUCCUCAACAGCCUCAGGCCAGCACUGUAUAUCCACCGCCUUCAACUGUGGCUGCAAACGGAAUGAAAUAUCCCCAUCCACAGUACAAACCCGGAACAAAUGCAGCUAACUCAGCUCAUUAUGUAAUGCCGGCUGCCUAUGGAGCAUAUGGCUCUACCCCAGCUAGUGGUUAUAAUCCUAGUUCUGGAGAAACUGCAGGGAAUUCGACCUCUAAUGAAGAUCUUGGUUCCUCCCAGUUCAAGGAAAACAACGUAUACCUCAAUGGACAGCAGAGUGAAGGUUCGGCGAUGUGGGUGGCAGCACCUGGUCGAGAUAUUUCCAAUAUGCCUGCAAGUUCAUUCUACAACCUUCCACCGCAGGGUCAGCAUGUGACUUUUGCACCGACACAGGCUGGCCACGGUAAUUUUGCUGGCGUCUAUCACCACCCUGCACAAGCAGUAGCACCUGGCACAGUUCAUCCACUUCUUCAACAAUCCCAGACAAUGGCUGGAGCAGUUGAUAUGGUAGGGCCUGGUGGCAAUGUUUAUCAGCAACAACCUCAGCAUGCACAUAAUAUCAAUUGGCCAAGUAACUACUGAGAUAGGAUUCGUGACAACAAAUAUAAACAAGAUAAAUUGAGUCCUAUCUGGGGAAACAUUUUUGGAAACUCUAAAAAUAUUGUUGGAGUUCGGUGGGGUGAUACGGCGAUUGGCUGCAUUUGAGUGAGAAGCUGGAAAAUUUGCCAAUAGGAUGAUCGAUUGCUUGGGAUGAGGAUGUGAAGGUACUUUCCUUCUGUAACUGAUAUUGACCAUUAAACUUGAAAAAAAAAAAAAAAGAAACAAUUGCAGGCUCUCUCUUAUUUUGCUCCUGCUAGUUUGUGUUACAAUUAAUUCCUUGCCGUAGCUAUAAGCUUUUUACCCUCUCUUUUUACAACUUGAACUCUUACUGAGAGUUUUGUUGGGUAGUGAAAUAUGUCCAUUCUUGUUUUAGUUUUAUAGAGUUUGGAAGGUAUCGGUUGGUGGGGGAAAGUUUUUUCUGUUUCCAUUUUCUUCUCUUACCUGUAAAGUAAAUUUUGAUAGCAUGAAAGUCAUUUACUAAGGUUGUUCUAAUGCUAUGGAUAAAGCAAAUUGUCAGUUGUUGCAGUUAAUGUCAGAAAAAAAUUGUUGCAGUUUUAACUGAUGCAUCAUGCAUGGCAUUGUUGAGUGUUGUUGACACAUGGAAAUACAGGAAAAUGUGGGAGAUGGACUUGGGAUCA